AUGGACUCCUCAUCUCCCCGCGUCAACUCGGCCCUGCUCCCAAAAUGCAACGGAAAGAACGUCAGGCUAGUCGGGAAGGUGCUUGCGGUAAAUCCAGGCUCAGGCGAAGCCUUGUUUGAGGCAUGUGACCAGGGACAGGUUACUGUGCACAUGAUACCGGGCUCGCCGGUUAGUGAGGCGACUGGGAAGAUCGUUGAAGUCCUGGGCCGAGUGCAACCAAAUCUGUCUAUACAAGAGGCCGGAUCGACGGUUUUUGAGAAAGGCUGGGAUCCUACCGCAUACAACAAGAUGGUGACGGCUGCGAUGGAGCAUGAUGCGCUUUUCGGGUGGUGGAAGUGA